AUGGGUUUCUCGACGAAAGUAUGUCUCUUUUCGGCAGCCUUGCUGUUCACCUCGGCCCAAGGUCAUAUGAAAAUGAAAACACCAGUCCCGUAUGGCGCGGAAUCUUUGGACAACUCACCCUUAGACCCCACCGGUGCGGAUUUUCCUUGCAAGCAACGCAGCGGUGUAUAUGCCAUGCCCCCCGGUGGAAGUAAUAUCAUGGCUCAAGGUGAACAACAGACCCUCAGCUUUACUGGAAGCGCUGUUCAUGGCGGUGGCUCUUGUCAAAUCGCUUUGAGCAAAGAUACUCAACCAACCAAGGACUCCAAAUGGAUGGUGAUCAAGUCUAUCAUCGGCGGCUGCCCUGCUAAUGUUCCUGGGAAUCUGCCUGAGGACGCGAACGGCAGUGGUGCUUCCACCUUUCAGUUCUCAAUUCCCGAGGGUAUUGAGCCCGGAGAAUAUGCUCUAUCCUGGACAUGGUAUAACAAAGUUGGAAAUCGCGAGCUAUAUCAAAAUUGUUCUCCUGUUAAAGUGACCGGGGCGAAAAAACGUCGAUACGCACCACUUCCAAAGCAAUCGAAGCGAGAUACGAGCGCUUUUCCUGAUAUAUUUGUUGCUAAUAUUGGAAAUGGGAUCACUACUCCUGAGGGGCAAGAGAUCAUUUUUCCCAACCCGGGAGCCGAUGUCCAGACUGCUGGUAAUGGUCCCUUCACGCAAAUGCCGGGGGGCAAUGGAGGCUCUGGAGGGUCGCCGCCUCAACAGACUCAAACACCAGCAACCCAAGCUGCUACCGCUGCCCCAACUAUGACGGCGUAUGGAGGUGGCAACGGUGGAAAUGGUGGGAACGGCGGAAACAAUGGCAACGGUGGAAACGGUGGGAAUGGGGGCAACGGCGGCAACGGUGGAUACACCGCCUCACCAGCUGGAUUUGCUGAGGGAGCCUCGUCCAUGUCAUCAGCUUCAGCGAACGGCGUUGUAACACCCGUAGCCUCAGAUGGGACGCCUCUACAAACGUCUUCGCCUGCCUCCUCGGAACCCCAAACUUCCAGCGGCGGAUCUUGUACGGCAGGAGACUGGGAGUGUGCUACAGAUGGCUUGAGCUUCAAGCGAUGCACCGCUGGUGGCACCUGGAGCGUCUCAAUUCCUAUGAGUUCGGGUAUGCAUUGCACUCCAGGGAUCUCAGCAAAUUUCCAACAGGCCGCGGUCAAGAACAAGCGUCAUGCUCACUCUCACUUCCGCCACAUUUUCGAUUCUUUCCAUUCAUGA